GAAUCUUUAUCAGCGAUUUUCAUAAUGGAACGCGGUUGCCACUCCUCAAACUUCUCAGACUCUUGUUCUUUACACGAUGUCGCCUGCCAGUGGGCCCAAAGUUCCGCUUUCCACUCGUCCAAACCUAUCGCGGUCAUUAACACCGACAAUUAUGACUGGUGAAGAUCUUGUGAUGGCUGAUGGUCCUAUUUCUGCAGACAAUGUUGAAUAUCUGCACGAAUUCGUUCACCCUCACCAUCAUGAAGCAGAGAGGACUCUUGCGGAUGAACAGGAACUUGUCGAUGAAGAGGAAGAGCGUAGAAACUUCCUUCCGUGGUGGCGAAGGCCUUCACCUUGGUGGUUGAUCGCUUUACUACCAUUCACUGCAAUGGCGAUGGGGGCGACCAUAGCUCCCAGAGUGGAAAUCUACACUAUGCUGGCGUGUCGUGUGUACAGGUCGGAUAUCUUUCCGGAAGCGGGUCCGAACAGCUUUCUAUCGAGCUUCAACUUCGCGAGGUUAAAUUUGGCCGACGACAGUAGAGCUUGCUUUUCCGAUCCAGUUGUAUCGGCAGCUGUGGCAAAGCUAGCAGCCAUAAUGACCACGUCCACCGGGGUUUUGAGCUGCUUAACCACUGCGUGGUGGGGUUCCUUUUCAGAUCGGCAUGGUCGCAUUCGGACCAUGGGCAUCUCGGUUCUGGGAUCACUAGUUACAGAUGCUAUCUUUAUCCUGGUCUAUUACUACUCUGAAAUACUUCCAGGGGGAUAUUGGUUUCUCGUCAUCGGUCCUUUGUGUGAUGGACUACUAGGAGGAAUGACUACUGGCAUUGCAACAAUACAUGCCUACAUGGCGGAUACAUCCACGGCAGCAACUCGCUCGCGGGUUUUUUCGCGAAGUACGGGCCUCUUGUUCACCGGUUUCGCCUUAGGGCCUACACUUGGAGGUCUUAUCAUUCGGUUCUCCGGCGAAGUGAUCUCGGUUUUCUACGCAGCCGCCAUUUCGCAUUUCUUUUACGCCUCUAUGAUCUGGUUUGUCGUCCCAGAGUCCCUCACGUCAAAGAAAAUGCGACACGCGACCGAAAAAUAUCGCCAGCUUCAGGCUAUCGACCUGACUACAUCUAGGGGACUUACCUCACGUCUCAAAAAGUGGUUUUCGUUCCUGAGCCCUUUGACUAUAUUUGCGCCUUCACGUAACCAUGUUGGUUCAGCUCCCUUCAAGUCCUCAAAACGCGACUGGAACUUGACCUUCGUUGCAAUUUGCUACGGCCUGGUUAUGUCUAUCAACGGUUCCUAUAGUGUCAAGUUUCUAUAUGCAUCUUGGACCUUUGCAUGGACUUCAGAAAAUCUUUCAUAUUGGCUGAGCGCAGUUGGCGCUGCUCGUGCUCUCUUCCUUGUCAUCGUCCUUCCGCUUGUCAUCAAAUUCUUCAAGGAUAAACCAAAAGUCCAAGGGUCUAGGCCACGAAUGUCAGAAGAGGAAGAGCCUUUGAUGGAUUCCUCUGCAUCCUCGCCAUCUCCUCAGCGCUCAAGUUCUCAUUCCCCAUCCCGAUUGACUGAACCCCACUCAAGCGGGUUCGACUUGGGUCUUGCUCAGGUUUCCCUUGGAUUGGAGAUCGUUACUUACACACUUAUGGCUCUCGCAACAAAUUCUAUCCCUUUCACUAUCUUCGCUAUGUGCGGUGCUUUCGGAAGUGGGUUCGCACCAGCGAUUCAAAGUGUCGCUUUAGAUCUAUACGGAAAGAGAGGAGAGGCUGAAACCGGUCGGCUUUUUGGUGCAUUAUCUGUCCUUCAAGCGUUGAGUUCUCAGAUCCUGGGCCCAGCGAUGUACGGAGUAAUUUACAUGAAAACGGUCGCGACCUUUCCCCGCACUAUAUUUGUCGUUUCAGCGGCGUUUGCUGCUUUUUCCUUUUUCACAUUGGCCUUUGUGCGAUUGCCUGGCGUUGAGAAGUCGCUUCGGGAUCCGAGCGAGGACGACGUCGAACAACAAUUUGCGGAGGGUUCAUCGCAUGGAACGGAUCGGACUCUUGUUGAUGUGGAUGGAUGAAGUCUGAGGCUGAUUACAGUCUCGGAAUUCUGGCCUAUCCAACGACGGCACUUGUAUAGCAGGACAGGAAAAGUAUAUCUAUUGUUACAUUGUUCAUACACGGGUUUUUCGCACAGUCGGUUCUCUUUCACCUCAUUUUAUACAUCUCUGGAAUUCUUUAUCAAUAUCCCUCUUUUCUGAGUUAACUAUUUUCGUGGAAUAGAUAUGUUACUCGUACGAGGAGCAAACAAUGCAUUAUAUUUAUAGCCAACCCCAA